AUGUUUAUAGGAGUUCGAAAAUCCAACGAGGCUGGCACCGCUCCAACAAUCUUUGACAACAAUGGCGAUAUGGUGUGGCAGGGCCCGCACGGGGAGAACCUGAAUUUUAAGAUGCAAAAGCUGUUCGGCCAGGAUGUGAUCACAUACUGGGAUGGACAGCCAGAUGUAAGAGUGUUGGGAUAUGGAGCAACGCAUAUCCUCGACAGCACAUAUAAAGAGAUCUACACAGUCACUCUGCAUGAUGACUUUCACACUCCUAGCGGGAAAAGGUUUGACUCCUAUAUCGAUGGCCACGAGCAUUACAUCACGCCUCAGAAUACCAUGCUGGUCUCGGCCCUCAAUUUCACCCAAACUGAUACUAGCCAUCUCAGAAGGGGCACGCCCGACAUGUGGGUUUUGGACUCUCUGUUCUACGAAAUCGACAUAAAAACAAACAACAUCUUGUUCAAAUGGGAUGCACUCGAGCAUAUUCCGAUUUCCAAGACCAGUGUUACCGUAUUGGGUGGGAAAAAGUUGCAUGAAGCCUGGGACGCUUACCAUAUAAACUCGGUUACAACCGCCAAAUAUGGAUAUCUGGUCAACUUUCGACAUAUCCGCUCUGUUUUCUAUAUUAACAAGGACGGCUCUGUCCGCUGGCAACUCUCUGGUGACAAUGAUAACCAUGGCGACUUCAAAAGUGACAAUGUUAGCUUUGCAUGGCAACAUGAUGUCCGUGUUCACGACGAAACCAACGAAAGCCUAGUCCUCAGUCUCUACAACAACGCUGCCAUGGACCAUGACGACCCAGGCCCAUCAACAGGACUAGUCAUCCACGUCGAUCUCGUCAACAAGAAGGCAUGGAGGACCCACGAGCUGACAGAUCCAACUGACCAUAUCGUGAGCGCAACGCAAGGCAGCUUCCAGUUCCUUCCAAACCCAGGAACAGCGCACAUGCUGCUGGGCUACGGAUCGAUACCCAAACUCAAGGAAUAUGACGGAGACGGCAACGUAGUUCUCCGAGGGCAGUUUGGCAAGGACAAAUUUUCGGCUAAUGCCUACCGCAUAUUCAAAUCCGCGUGGAGCGCUACUCCACACUGGGAUCCUGCUCUCUUUGUUAAUCACACAACUUCGCAUACAACUGAUCUCUACAUGAGCUGGAACGGUGCCACGGACUAUGACAACUGGGCCAUUUUCUCGGUCCCAUCUCAGACCUCAACAUUGCUAGAAGGCAAGCGCCUGCUGGUGCAUAAGAGAACCGGCUUCGAAACUCACGUCCCUCUUGAGAAUAUCGAUGCCCGUUUUAUCAUUGCUGUUGCAAGAGAUGGCGAGAGAAUAGUGGGAAAGUCCUCCAUCGCGGAACUGGGUCAGGAGAUAAAUUCUGUUUGUCCUGUUAUCGCAUAA